AUGGAGAUCAGUGUGGAAAAUGAGGAAGACAUUGUAUCGAAUCUCACAAUCGUAAUCAUUUUAGACCAGAGAGAAAACGAACUCCUGGGAUUCGAUUUUGUCUCAUUGCCAGAGGCAAAUAUAGUCUCAGGUAUAUGGAAUCUCAGACCAGGAGCCCAUUUCAUCUAUAUCAAGGACGAUGAGAGCGAAGAAGCCGAUGAAACUCGGUUCGGGGAGUUUAUCUACCUGAAGAAGGGCGAGAUCAAGGUUAUUAGACGCUCAGCUGACGAAACCGGCUCACCAUUUGAGAUUGUGGAAGACUAUUGUAACGAAAGCUACAAGGAGUCGGUCAUAAAUGGCAAAUUCAAAAACAGAAUGGCAAACGUCCCCAAGGAAUUGGCAGAUUUGUGGUCCAGCAUGACGGACUGCAUAAACGGUGAGCUCAUAAACAAGUUGAGGCCGAUCCGUCGAGCCAUCAAGUCCAGAGGUCAAAAACUCCAACGGGAUUCCAUUGUCACUGGCAGAGGAGACGUUCCAGAUCCGUCGGCGGUAGAGUUUGAGGAUGAAUUCAGCAGGCUAUCAAUCAACUCUAAAGGUGGCCAUUCGGACGAAUGCGAGACUCCGAAUGAUAACUACAUUUACUACUCGGACAUACCACUCUUUGACAGCAAAAUCAAAGACAUCAAGAACAUUACUCCAGAGAUGGUUACCCGCAUGCACUUGGACACAAGCUACAUUUUGGACCAUUUGAGAGAUGAAUACCAGAGCUCCAGGGGAGGCUAUAAAUGCACAGAGUAUGGAAGAAACUACCACCUCUACGUGCUUGGAGAACUGCAGUUUAGCUUCAUCCUAUUCCUGCUCUGCUAUAACAUUGACAGCUUUGAGCAGUACAAGAAGCUCCUACGGGCCUUUUGCAAUGCUGAGACCGUCCUCAUUGAAAACGAAAAUCUCACUCACAAACUCUUCAAGACACUUCAACUUCACAUUGAGACCUGGGACGAGAGCAAUGACGUGUUUCAAAAGGACAACUUCUUUGUAACCUACUUGGCCAACCUUCGGGAGAUUGUGCUCGACAACGAAAUCGAACUAUCGCAUUCGUCUAGACAUUUCAAGAGACUGGAAGACUCGUUUAAACUCAAGUUUGGGAUAAGUCUCGCUGACCUAGACAUGAUUAACAACUGCGAUCCUUAG